CGCCCCGCGCGCGGUCCCUGCGCCCCGCUCCGCCAGCGCCUCGCUGCCAGCGCCGCGCCUCGGGCGUCCAGAGCGCGCCCCUCGCACCGCAGCCGGCGCCGCCCGCGGCAGCCCAGCCCCAACCUUCCUCCGCCUCCUCCUCCUCCUCCUCCGCUGCUGCUGGACACGCAGCCGCAGGCCGGGGCCGGGACGCAGCUGGGGAGUCAGGGACGCGCGCAGCCAGCCAGCCCUUCCCCCUCCGGCUCCCGCACCGCCGGCCGCCUCCCCUCGCCCUCCUCCUCUCCCUCCCUGCUCCUUCGCUUCUUCCUCCUCCUUCUCUCCGGCCCCGGCUGCCAGCACCAUGUCCGCAGGGGGAGAUUUUGGGAAUCCACUGAGAAAAUUCAAGUUGGUGUUCCUGGGGGAGCAGAGCGUCGGGAAGACGUCUCUGAUCACGAGGUUCAUGUACGACAGCUUUGACAACACCUACCAGGCAACCAUUGGGAUUGACUUCUUGUCGAAAACCAUGUACUUGGAGGACCGUACGGUGCGACUGCAGCUUUGGGACACAGCCGGCCAGGAGAGAUUCCGCAGCCUGAUCCCCAGCUAUAUCCGGGACUCCACGGUGGCUGUGGUGGUGUAUGACAUCACAAAUCUCAACUCCUUCCAGCAGACCUCUAAGUGGAUUGAUGACGUCAGGACAGAGCGGGGCAGUGACGUUAUCAUCAUGCUGGUGGGCAACAAGACGGACCUGGCUGACAAGAGGCAGAUAACCAUCGAGGAAGGGGAGCAGCGCGCCAAAGAGCUGAGUGUCAUGUUCAUCGAGACCAGCGCGAAGACUGGCUACAACGUGAAGCAGCUUUUUCGACGUGUGGCGUCAGCUCUGCCUGGUAUGGAGAACGUCCAGGAGAAAAGCAAAGAAGGGAUGAUCGACAUCAAGCUGGACAAGCCCCAGGAGCCCCCGGCCAGCGAGGGUGGCUGUUCCUGCUAAUGCAGCGCCGCCCCGCCGGCGUCCUAUGACACUACUUGCUUGUUGUGUUGCUUCCUAUUGGUUAGCUUCCUACGGGGGGGAAAUGAGUUUAUCCAGAUGGGAGGAUUUUUCUUUUCUCUCUGUCUCUAGGAGUAGGGUGGGAUGGGGAGGGAGGCUGGGCAUCAGGGAUCACGUCACUCUUAACAGCUGUUACUUAAACAACUAUUUUUUGGUUUGGUUGUAAUAUAUUGUACUUUAUUAAGAUUGCCAAAAACUGUUAAAAUUUAAAAAAAAAUCUAAAUCAUGUGUAUACAACUUUUUGC